AUGAAGACACAAAGGAAACGAAGGAAAAACACGUUGCGUAAAUUUGUAUUUCCAGGGUAAUUUUGUUAUAUCAUGCCUGGCCUCAAAUGAACGCUUGUUGGCGGUUUAAAGGAUAAAUAUCGCGUGCACUCUCCUGCAGCUUGGCUUGUCCAGAUGUGCAAGGACUGUCGAUCCAGAGCCACCUCCUCUCCGCACUCCCCCCCGCAACCCAUUGUUCCACUGCUUCUCUCCACCUUUGCGCUCGUGGUCCAUCCGGAAGCACAGGCAACCGAAAGGGAAAUGACAUUUAAGUGUCCAAAGCGCACGCAGUGGAACCCUGAGCAAAGCCAAACCAAGGAGUGGGGGGCGUCAUUCUUUAACCGGGUAUCUUACUGGCCAGUGAACAGACUGGUGGCGGCUGGUUACAGGCGAAGAUUACAGCUUUCUGACCUGUGUUGUCCUGGCAAUGAGGAUUCCGCCAAAAGCCUGUGCUCCGAACUGGAGCAGCAUUGGAGAGGCGAUGGGCGGAGCAAAGAGAGGAGCAGCCAGGAGUCAAGUGGAGAGGAGGAGGAAGCUCUGAUUGGACAAAAGCCCACCCUAGUUGGUCCCGCCCUGCUGCGACACCUUUGGGUGUGGCUUCGCCCGUCACUGGUCCAAGUGACCCUGCUCAGGAUGACCUCCGACCUGCUGGCCCUCUUACCCUCUCAGGCCCUCAGGUGGACAAUCCUCUUCUGUGAAAGCCAGCCAGCGUUUGAUUGGUCAGGCCAUACGUAUGCUGUAGUGUUAUUGGCUGUGGUGGUGUGCCAUACCCUGGUUCUACAGGUGUGUGAGUCUCACAGUCAGAUGACCAAGCUCAGAGCUCACACUGCUCUGACAGCUGCUCUGUAUAAACAGGCCCUAUCUCAGUCCUCCCCUGCAAUCUCCUCUCUUCUGGGGGAUGCUGAGCAGGUAGCAGCACUGUCCGUGUUGUCCCUGCCUGUGUUGUUCUCCUCCGUGCUACAGGGGGCGCUGUGUGUGUGUCUGCUGUGGAGGGAGCUGGGCCCCUCUGCUCUGGCAGGCCUGACGGUGCUUCUCCUCCUGGUCCCCCUCGCCUCCACUGUACAACACAGAGCCUCGGCCAUACAGAAAGACCAGCAGAGAGUGAGAGCAGAGAGAGAACAUAUUCUACGGGAGAUGUUGAAUGGAAUCAGGACGGUGAAGCUUUUGGUCUUGGAGGAGUGGUUUCAUUGCAGAGUGGGCGUGACCAGAGAGAAAGAGCUUGAAACAUUAAGGAUUCUGGGAUACCUGACAGCCUUCUCUCUAUUGGAUCGUGUCUGUGUGCCUUUUCUGGUGUGUGUGUGUAGCUUCGGAUCCUAUGUCCUGGUGGAUGAUGGGAAUGUUCUGACGGCCUCGCAGGUCUUCACAUGUAUGUGUGUGUUUCCACUUCUGCACGCACCUGUCCGCCUGCUGCCUUCCCUCCCUCUGAGGUUCACACAGGCAUGGAAUUCCCUGCAUUUUCUGAACAUCUUCCUGUGUUCCCAGGAAGUCAGCUGUAGAGGUUACUCAGAAGACCACGUUCUCUCAGCGAACUGGAUCACGAAGACUUGUGUACUUAAAGAUCUGUCAUACCGUGAUGACAGCCAGGCCCUGAAGGGCCCACUGAACACAGAGGUGACCUCAGCGCCACCCCCAAACACAGUGACGUGUGUGAGGCGGUACCUGUGUGUGUGUGGCUGGGGCUGGGCAGGGCUAGUGGUACUGGCCCAGGUGUGUGUAUGUGUGUGGUGUGUGUGUCAGGCUGGCGUGUUGGCGCUGUGGACGGCAGAGGCCAAGGAGGUGCAGGGCCUGGAGGAGUGGAGAGACCUGAGGAACUCUCGUCUGUCUCUCUACGCCCUGCUGGGGAUGCUGCAGGGUGUGUCAGUGUGUUGCGUAGCGUUGGCUAUGAAUCAGGGUUCUGUCAGAGCAUCGUCUCGUCUCCAUGACAACCUGCUCACCUCCAAACUCAGUCUUCCCCUCAGCUUCUUCAAGACCACGCCUACUUCCUGGGUGCUCCGGAACUUAUCACAGUCCUUAUAUAUGAUUGAGGAGGCAUUCCCCGCCCUCUUGCACUCCUGGCUCUUUGGUUGGCUGCAGGUAUGUGUUAUAGCACUCCUGAUAGGCUACAACUCCAUGAUGUUCAGCAUAGCUGUUCCCGCCCUCACCCUCCUCUUCCUCACUCUACAGUCUUAUUACCAGCGAGCCUCCAGUCAGGUCAAGCAAAUGGCUGCAGACUCCACCACCUUUCUCUCCACCCUCUUUUCUGAGUCGCACUGUGAUGAUGUCACUGCCACUACAGACCACUGUGACUAUGGAAGCGAUCUUUCCCGCUUCCAUGGUGUUCUUGAUGAGCACCUGUUGUGUCGAUACAACAGCAUCCUUUUAGACAGGUGGCUGGCUGUGUGGCUAGAUGUGUAUGUAGGUGUGGUGUUGCUCCUGGUGUCUUUGGCUCUGCUAGACUCUGAACUAGACCCCUCCACUGUGGGCCUGUGCCUUACCUACGCUCUGAGUCUGAGAGGGAUCCUUCCUGUGUUGGUUCGGUCGUCUUGUGAGGUAGAGAGGAGUGCUGGGGUCCUGCAGAGUUUGGUGGAGCACCCAAACACCGAGAGAGAGUCGUCCUGGUCAGUGUCCUGUGGAACGCCCCCUACCUGGCCAGAGGAGGGAGUGCUGGAGCUCCGGAACUACGAGACGGAGAUGAACCCCUCGUGUGCCAGACUCUCCUUCUGCACUAGGCCCAAGGAGAAGGUGGGUGUGGUCAGCAAAUCUGCAACCGACCUUGAAGCCAUCACCACUUCUCUGUUCCGAUUGGUUGAGGGCAGAGAGGGUGUGGUCACGAUAGACGGAGUGGACCUAGCAAGUUUGGGACUUCAUGACCUCCGUAGCCGAUUGGCCGUCAUCCCUCAGUCUCCUGUUCUGUUCUCGGGCUCCCUGCGCUCCAACUUGGACCCAUGGGGUUGCCAUGGUGAUGCCCAGGUGUGGCACGCUCUGGAGAAAUGCCACCUGAAGGAGAGGGUGAGCAGGCUGCCAAGACAACUGCUCCACCCUCUAAUCCACGGAGGGGCAGGCUUAAGCUCCAGUGAGAGGAGGCUCUUGUGUGUGGCCAGAGCUUUACUGCGAGGUUCUGCAGUUCUGGUCUACGAGGAACCGGUUCCCCCAACAGACUCACCCACAGACAGGCUGCUACAGAACCUGCUCCACACAGAGUUCUCCAACUGCACUGUUCUCACCCUCACACGGAACCCCUGGAACGCCAUGCACACAGACAGGGUGCUGGUGUUGCAGGAGGGCCGUGUUGUAGAGUUUGACUCCCCUACCACCCUCCACCUGAGGGGGGCGUUGUUCUCUCGCCUGCUCUCUGAGACGCAGACUGGCCCAGCCAGGGAGGAAGAGCCCUGAGAAAGCACCAUCUUGCACCCCCCCCCCCACACACACACACACACACACACACUGCUGGAGCCGCAGGGAGAAGGGGCUGAGGAGGAUGGACAGGAUGAAGACGAUGGUGAAUAACAUGUAGUUAUAUAAAUCUAUGCAGAUCUUCCCGAGCUGCUAAGUGAUUCAUCAGCGAGCCUCCCUGUUUGCUGCACGGUCUAUUCACAAACUCCAGACGUCAGGACCCUUGGUGUGUUCAGCUAUUUCAUCUGUCUACAAACAACCCAGCUCAGAGACUUCAGACAGACUCAUUUAAGAUUUUGGUUGUCUGAUCAAGAAGAGAGCUGUACUUUAAUAUUGUUUAUCGUUAAAAACGUAUUUAAACGCUUAUUUAAACAGAGAGAGAGAGAGAGAAAGUGAGUAUGUAAAAUUGUGUGUGUGUGUGUCUAAUUAAAUGAGAGACUCAGAUGUAGAAGCUGUGAGCUUCAAAACCAUUAAUUACUCAUAUCACUAAUUACCAGAGCCUGUCCCCACCCCCACUCCCACCCCCGCCCCCCUCGUGGGGCCACAUAAUAAAUUUAACAGUU